AUGGGUGACCACACCGAAGAUGACAAAGACCAAAUGGGCUACAAAGUCAACGGUGAAAAAGCCCAUCGUUUGGAACAGGAGAUUUCUGGCAGCCGGGAGGCACUUGUAUUAGUCAGCCCCCUAUCUCCACUGCACUCUGCGCCACAACAGGAGAAUGAAGGCGAGGGUGAUUCACCUGUAGGAAACCAAACACCUAAAGAAAGAGCAGAACAUCAGAGUAUUUUUCCAUCUGCGCUGGACUUGACAGAAAGCUGUGAACCCAUUCCUGAUCAUAGUGAUAGUGAAUUUGAAAGUACGCUAGUCGACGAUUCCAUUUAUGAUUACCCGCAGGAAUCUGAAAUGGACAUUACAUCGCCUAGUAUUUACGAACAACUGCUCAGUCUAACAGGCUGUGCUACAGUCUCCAGUGCAAAAAGAAAGAUGUGCGCUGAAAAUGAACGAGCUAACAAGACGGUGAGGAACUACGUCGAUUCUCCUAAAAUUGGACACUUUAUGGAAACGCGAACAGUUCAAAAUCGUGACACUGAGGCUAAGCGUAACAGUGUACUUUACGCCAAGAAAGCACUAAACAUGAACAUGGAUACGAAGGCAGACAAUAAACCACCAAAGAAUUCCGCUGCGGGACCGCGGUUCAAGAAAAAACCCAAUAAAACGAAAACGCUUAUUGGGGGCAUGUCCGAUGAUAUGGAUAUCCACACUGGCCAAAUCUCGCAGACAGAGUUGGCCUUCCAAGUGCCAUGGUCUUCCUGCAAUUAUCCUCCACACACGGCCACUCCGGUAGCAUUCGGCUUCAUCUGA